GAUCGGUGUACAGCCAUCUGUAAGCCCCUGCUGUACACACUCAUCAUGUCCCAGCGGGUCUGUGUGCAGCUGGUUAUAGGGCCUUACGCCAUAGCUAUUAUAAGCACCAUGACCCAUACAAUUUUGACUUUUUCCUUACCCUUCUGUGGCCCAAACAUAAUCAAUCAUUUUUUCUGUGAUAUUUCCCCGUUGCUUUCCUUAGCAUGCGUUGACACAGGGAUCACUAAGUUGGUGCUUUCUACUGUGGCUGGAGCUAUAGGAGUGCUCAGUGGCACGAUCAUCAUGGUGUCCUAUGUGUGGAUCACAGUGGCCAUCCUGAAGAUCCAGACUGCCCACGGGAGGUGGAAAGCUUUCUCCACGUGUACCUCCCACCUGGCCACAGUCUCAGUGUUGUUUGGGACUCUUUUCUUCAUCUAUGUCCGACCUAGCUCGAGCUCGUCUCUGGGUAUCAAUAAAAUGAUUUCUCUGUUUUAUACUGUGGUCAUCCCUGGGUUGAAUCCCCUCAUUUACAGCUUGAGGAACAAGGAGGUGAAAGAGGCAUUCAAGAGACAGGUGAAAAGGAAGCUCUCUGUGCUCGGUGGGUGA